AUGCCUCAGGACAAGGACGGGGUGGAGGGGUACGAUGACCCUACCCUAGGGGUCGCCCCAGAGCACAACGACGAGUUUUUGGGUGAAACACGGGCUGGGAACUUUGGGGAUGUCACCUUUGACUAUGAGGAGGCCGGCAUGCUAGGCUCAGUACAAGUGGCAGGGAAUGAGGAUCUGUUCGGCGACUUGCUCCCAAACCCGGGGACGAGUGCUGCCGACGCCUCCGUGAACACUCCAGCUGCAGAACUCGGAGCCCUCGAGGCACAGUCCGCUUUCGAUUUUCCCCAGAUCGACCCCGUUAUCAACCCGGCUGUUACCGCGGAGGCGUCGCAGUCUCUGCAAGGUCAACUUUCGUCACCAUCCUCUGUGCUACCCAAAACUUCUGCAAAUCAGGCUCACCAGGAUCUCGUUCCUGGCCGAAGACAGAUGCUGCAGGCUCCCGAAAUUCCAGAUCAGGGCCGCUCUAAAGCACCUGAGCAGAACCUCGCUGACUUGAGCCAAAACCAGGCCAGAUAUCUCUUUCGCCCCUCCCUGGGCCAGGGCAAUGGCGCUAACCAAGUAGCGGCAGGGCAAGGAGCAGCAUACGGGAACCAAUUCCAGUACAACGCGGCGUAUGGAAAUCCAACUUACGCAGCCCCGCCAGCGCCGCACAUCGGGGCCCAAUUUGGUGGAUUCGCGAAUAUGUUCGCGCAGCCCGCUCAUAAUCUGCAUCCCGGAUAUCCAUUGAAUGCCCCUCAAGUCAUGCCUAACCCGAUGGAUAUGCGAGGCCAAGGUUAUCCGGCGGCUUUCAUGCCCCCCAUGCUCGGCCUGGGGGUUCCAGUUCCUCACAACGCUCAGCUGCCCAUGCUUAGCCAGCUUAACCAGCCAGCAAACCCCCCGCCGCUCAAUCAGUCUGUGGCUCCUGGACAAGGCCACCCUCUCAACGGUACGAAAAUGAAUCACAAGCGGAACCGGAGAGGCUCGCCCAGCAACGAUCCCAGCCAGUUCUACGCUGCGCCCAUCGGAUUGCUCCGUCCAUGGGGCCCCAAGGUCGUCGUUGGUAAGAACAGACAAGAGGAGCACAUGUUCCGGUAUUACCAGCAGACUGCCGAGCUAAGGCCCUCUCUCACCUAUACCAGGCAACAGCUCGUGACCUUCUUCCUGGGACACGGGCAUCCGUAUCCCCGGCGAAGACUGACGCUGUGGAUUCAGAACACGCCCGCCCAGAUCAACGAGCGAUACGCAAACCGGAGCGACUCGAGCAAAUGCCGAUACAGAGAUUGCCCGGCAAAACAAAACACCAUUCUCAAGGGUUUCUUUCGCGUCGCGUUUGACGAGUUUUCUGACGAGACCGGCACAGUCCGCGACCCGUUUCGCAAUGCUGGUUACAUGCACUUGCAUUGUUUCGAGUCGGUGUUCGACUUGGCCUACCUGAUUCACCACGGGGCCGCUCGUCACAAUUUUAGAAUCCUUCCUGACCGGCGGCAUCUUAUCCACGAAAGUAGAAACCCUGCGUCCAUCAACCGAGAUCAUGGAGAGAUGAUCGAGGCAUACGAUGCGUGGGUAGAAGGCCAAAAAGCCCGGGCUGACAGACUCGAACAGGACAAUGCUGCCAGGCCUCGUGGUCAGGAGUAUACAGGGUUCGACCCUGCACCGCGAAUGAUCCUUCCACAUGCGCAGCGCCUUGGACGCUCCCUGACUGACAAGCACCUAAGCCUGCAGGUUAAAGGGCGGGCGGCAACGCGGGAGAGUCGCGGUGGCGUUCACAUUGGGAUUCACAGAGGCGAUCUGGACUUGUUCGUGCACCUGCACCAUCAAAAGAGUCGGGGAGUACCGGUGGAGCGAGCCCUAGCGGCUGUGCCGGGCCAAGAGGGGCAGGGCGCUGGAGCUGCCACAUCAGCUCACGACAGAGGGAAAAAGCGGGCUCGCGACGAGUACGAUGAUGACGAGAGCAAUGACGAGAGCAACAGCAUGUCGUCCGACUCGUUGCGCAACUCCAGGCGUCCCAAGUGCUCCAAGCGGCAGCACACCCCAAACGAUCCGGGUCCCUCGGGGACCCGACCAGAUGUCAGGCCCAGAACCGCAGGGAGGAAACGAGGCCUCGGCGAGCUUGAUGACACUCCCGCGUCCUCUGCACCGAAGCGUCCCAAGCAAUAUCAUAUUCCGAGCUCUUCAAGCAAAGGCAAAGAAGUGGUCAGGCCCGCACCACUACUGCCGCCGCCGCCGCCGCCGCCGCCACUUCAGAGGUCUUACGCCAACUUCCCCAGCUCGGCGUACGAGCUCCGGACCGAGGAUCCGUACAGCGGUCUGAACGACGGCAGGUCCCAGUCCCGUAACCCGGGUCGCCCAUCACCACUCCUGACGUUCCCGAGCACUGCCACGGGCGGCGGCGCCAGCACGCGCACCCGGGCCCGCGAGGCCGCCGGCAACGACACUGUCGACCGGCUCGCGAUGCAGGCGCAGCCGACGCGGGCAUCGGCGCACGCGAUCCAGUCACGCCUCGGCCACCAGCCGGCGCACGUCCGGUCGCAGGUGCUGGCGGCGGUGCCCGAGGAGUACGCGGCCCUGAUGCUGCCGCGCAGCGGGACGCUCCACGAUGAUCGGCUGGCCGAGCGCAUUGGGCGGCUCGGCCGGCGGCAGCGGCUCGAGGUGGAACAGGCCGUGGGGAGGCUGGAGAGGAGGGGGAGCUCCGACAAGAGGAAGUGUCAGAGUCUGUGA